AUAAAACGGAUCCAGCUGUGUGCGGCUGUGCGCCCUCAGUGCGUCACACUGCUCUGCUGCGCGGCAGACAGAGAGAGAGACAGGCACACAGCAGCGACGAGGAGGAGGAAGAGAAAGGAAAGAUGUCCGGUAUCAUGCUGCUGUCGGUGUCUUUGAGUUUGUGCUUGUUGUGGGCGACCGGCGGCACUGCGCGGAGCGGGGCUCUGAUCCUGCGGGACGCCCUGGAACGGGGCCCGGUCAGUCUGAACGACAUGUUCCGAGAAGUGGAGGAGCUGAUGGAGGAUACCCAGCACAUACUGGAGGAGGCAGUGGAUCAGAUAACUACUGAGAGUGCUAAAUCAUCUUUAGUGUCACCAGAUCUGCUUCUCAACUACCACAACCAGACUAAGAAGAUUAUUAAGAAUGGAGACGGAGCCGUUCAUGUCCUAGAUAGGACAGACAAGGAGACUAAUAACAAAACCGGGGAGACUCAUCUUUCACACAUCCAUAUGGAGAUCUCUGGUCAUUGGAACAGCGUGGACCACGAAUGCAUGGUGGAUGAGGACUGUGGCGACCUGAAAUACUGCCUAUAUGAGAUUGAGAACUCCAAGUGCCUCCCCUGCAUACCAACAGAUAUGCCCUGCACUAAGGAUGAGGAGUGUUGCUCGGAUCAGAUGUGUGUGUGGGGCCAGUGCACAGUCAAUGCCACCAAAGGAACAGAGGGAACUAUCUGUCAGGGUCAGAGCGACUGCAGGCCCGACCUCUGCUGUGCCUUUCAACGAGAGCUGUUAUUUCCAGUGUGUAACCCCAAACCAGGGAAGGGGGAGUCCUGUCUGAGCCACCCCAACCUGUUGAUGGAUAUGCUGGCCUGGGACCAGGAAGGUCCCCGUGACCACUGCCCCUGUGCUGACUACCUCCAAUGCCAGCCUCAUGGACGUGGAUCUGUUUGUGGGGAGUGAUACUGGAGAAUGAAAAGCAUGAGGAAGUUAUAUUAAACCACAAAACCCUGCCCCAGAAGCUAUACUAACAUCCUAACUGAUCCUUCACCAGAGAACAGUCCACCUGCAGGAUGAUAGUUUAUUAAAUCACAGGAUACUGCUUCAGGGCAGGACGUGCACUGUAUUAUUUAUGCCUUACUACCAUCUGUAUUAUAUAUCAUGAAGGAAAUAAAAUACUUGUUUUUGGUUUUGACUGAGAACCAACAAAA